CCGGGCGGCGGCUGGGCUGAGUUGAACGCCGGCCGGGAUUCCCCCGAGCGAAGCGCCCGCAGAGCCCGCCGCCGCCCCCGCCUGCCCCCUCCCGCCCGGGCCCUGCGGAGCGCCCCUCCCACGCGGCUCCCCCGGCCCCCGCCUGGCUCCGGGCAGCCGCUGCCCCGGUGCGCCCCGCAGGCGCCGCGGGAUGGCGGGCGGGCCGCUCUCUCUCUCUCAAGGGGGCGGCUGCCUCGCGGGUCUGGCCGAGGAAAACGGGGAGGGGGGCUGCAUAGGGAGGGGGAGGCCGGGCGGAUCAGCUCUGAGCGUCGGGAAGUGUCCGAGCCGCACCUGCUGGCGAUGCCCGGGCAGAGCGGGAUGCCGAGGUUCCGGCUGCUUUCGCCGGCCCACCUUGGCGGGGGACUCUUGCCCACCUGGGAAGGCGGGGGGGGGAGGCUCUGACCCCGGCGGGAGCGGCGGGCGCUAGGACCCGGCCCCCCGCCGGCCGCUCUCCCUAUUUGGAGCCGGGCGUCCCGGGAGCGCGUCCGCCCCCUGGCAGCCCCUUAAAAUAGCCCCGGCCGGGCAGCCGGGAUCAGUCAUGGCGGGCCCGCGCCACCCCCCCACGCGCUUCCACGGGGUGCACGGGGCGCACGUGCGCCUGGACGCCUCCCGCACGCAGGCCACCCGCGUGGAGAGCUUCGCCCACGGGCUGUGCUUCAGCCACCGCCCGCUGGAGCCCGGGCAGCUCUUCCUGGUGGAGAUCGAGGAGAAGGAGGCGGGCUGGUGCGGCCACCUGCGCGUGGGGCUGACCGCCCACGACCCCCGCCGCCUGCCCGCCGUGCCCGAGUACUCGCUGCCGGACCUGGUCAACCUGGGCGACAGCUGGGUCUUCGCCAUCACCCGCCACCACAACCGCGUGGGCGAGGAGGCGCCGCCCGGCGGACUGGGGCCCCUCGGCGGGCCCCACCUGACCAUCGAGCAGGUCCGCAUCCCCCGUGACAGGCUGGUGGGCCGGAGCCGGCCGGGCCGCUACAGCCACAUCCUGGACGAGCUCUACAAGGCCAACGUGCUGCCGCCCACGGCCCGCAAGAGCCGCAUCGGGGUGCUGUUCACGCCGCAGCCGGACGGGACGGCCCACAUGCACAUCGUCAUCAAUGGGGAAGACAUGGGGCCCAGCGCCAGGGGGCUGCCCGGCUCCCGACCCCUCUAUGCCGUGGUUGACGUCUUCGCCUCCACCAAGAGCGUCCGGAUCAUCCAGGUGGAAUACGGCUUGCCCUCCCUGCAGACUCUCUGCUGCUCGGCCAUCCAGAAGCACAUCAGCCACCGCCUGGCCAUCGAUGGGCUGGACCUGCCUCCACUGCUGAAGAACCUUUGCAAGUACGAAUAAAGCACCUGGCCGGGCACACCUGCCUCUCCUGCCCGACGGGCCUUUCCAGACAGGGCCGGUUCUGUAAGUGGCUGGGAAGAAGCAGACGAUUCUGUGGAUGUCAAGCAAAGGGAAGCCUCCGUUGGGGCGCUCCCAAAUGCACCUGGGGAAACCUCCGUGCCCCGGGAGCAGCCCAGGUGCCAGGAGGGCAGUGCCCCAUUGUGGUCAGGACGAGAAUCUCCUGCAUAUAAACCUGAAGACGAUCCGGGGCAGCCACGAGAGCUCAAUAAAAGCCGUCUCAAGGAAGGGCUCUUUGCUCUGGUUGGGAGGAUAUUUCUGUUCCAGGCGUUGGUACCCCAGUUUCUCUAACGCACGAGGGAGGACCCUGCCUGGGCUCACCCUGACAGGCCGGGACCAGGUGUGGCAGAGUCCAGGUGCUCUCUUAGCCACACGCUUAUUCAGUGCUGGACAAAAGUGGGAUCCCCCAUAAGGCUGGGAGGACCCCAAAUGCAAUUUUAAGCAAGCAUAUAUGAAAUGAACAAAAUGAUAAAAGGUUACGAUAUUUAUGUAGUUACUUAGCCAAGCACAUGAUAUUAAAGUAACCAAAGUAUUUUUACAAUCCCCAAGGCACCUCACAACUUUUGAGCACCCUUAAUGCUUGGAAAUUGAAAGUUUAAAAACCUGACAUGUCCUAAAUUGGUUUCUGGAUUACAUGAGAGGAGCACGGCUUUCAGGCAUUACAAAAAUACUUCCACACGCACGUUGUGGUUAUGCUCACAUGUUCAGCUAGAAGUUUGUGAUUCCCGUAUCAAGGUCUCCGCAACUCUGAACACUCGCUAAGGCCUGAAUUUUAUCGCUGUCACUUCCACCUGUGAAUCUUUAGACCAAUCAU